AAAGCCAAUCAGAAGCAUACGUCGGGGCCACGACGACGUGAUUAGAAGUGAGAUUCAGCUGGGGAGGUCAAUGAAGCAUUUAGACAUUUUUGCCCGCCCGGGGGAUUUUUGUCUCGUUGUUCCUUAAACAACUCGUACCUUUGUUAUAUUUUUGUGUGCCAUAUGAGGCGUCGUGCAACACUUUUUUUUAACGAGUCGAGUGGAGCCAGCAGUCUGCCAGCGGUUAAGGACCGACACCCUUCUUCCUCCUCCAGUGCGGUUCCACGGCAGCCCAAUUUGCCCCCCUGUUCAUCAGCAUGACAAAGCACUGGGGGGGUCAUUGCACGCUGGCACCACCCGUCACCGCAUACCGUCCCACUAGUCUAGAAACGAAAGAGGACCAUCACCUUGGUUUCCCUUUAGACAGCAAUGCACACUCAAGGUACCCCCAGAACAGCAUAGUGCUGAGGUCCCCGGCCCCACACUGGAAUAACUACCCAAGCACCUGGCCGGCUCAGGAGCCCUCCUGGUCGGAGGAUCUGCGUGCUUCUGCAACAGCUAUCAGGGUCAAGGCAUCCAUGGACCCGGCGAUGCCCGAGGCCUACGACCGUCACCCGGCCUCGUAUUACACGGCUCCUGCGAGUGAAGAUGCGCAAGAAAGUCACCGUACCACAUGGGACCAAGAGGAAAACGCCAAGAACAGCAGCAGGAAGAAGAACUACCAGCGUUACCCCAAACCACCGUACUCGUACCUGGCGAUGAUCGCCAUGGUUAUCCAGAAUUCCCCGGAGAAGAAGCUCACCUUAUCACAGAUUCUUAAGGAGAUAAGCACACUCUUCCCAUUCUUUAAGGGAAACUAUAAGGGCUGGAAGGAUUCUGUACGACACAAUCUCUCUUCGUACGACUGCUUCGUUAAGGUACUGAAGGAUCCUGGGAAACCGCAGGGGAAGGGUAACUUCUGGGCUGUGGAGGUGAGCCGGGUGCCCCUGGAGCUGCUGAAGAGGCAGAACACAGCUGUUUCCCGUCAAGAUGAGACCAUCUUUGCUCAGGACUUGGCCCCAUACAUCCUACAUGGCCAUGAUCACAAGGAGACUACGCCCCCUCUGUCCACUAGGGCGGCACCACCACCUCUGGAGGAGGUAUACCGGCCCAAGCUUGAUUCCUCCUUUGCUAUCGACUCGCUUCUGCACAGCCUGCGGCCUGCCAGCUUGCCUGGGGAGGGGGAUAGAGUUACGGAUAGCUGGAGGGGGCACCCCCAGGCCCCCAGGUACUCCUCAUCUGCCCGCAGUGCCUCUGCAAGCUCCGUUAGCCCCGCUUCUUCCUCCUCAGAUGACGACUGGAGGGUAGGUUCCCACCCUGGUAAACGCAGACCUGACGGGGACGGUUACGCGGACUGCCACCCACCCAUGCACAAGUCCUCCAGGAGGAGUUCUGCCCUCCCAUGGGAACUUCCAACUUCCUAUGCCAAGUACGCACCCCCUAAUGCAGUGGCCCCACCCAGCAUGCGCUUCAGUGGAGGCCCCUUCUUGCCCCUUGGGGGGCUUCCGUACUACAGCUACCGGGGCCCGCCGGCUGCACCUGGUCACUAUGUAGGCCACUCCUAUUGGCCCCUCCUCCCCAGCGGGAGUGUCCCCCUGCAGCCCCCGCCCCUUUUGAUGGACCUGGACCGGCUGCUGCAAUCGGUGCCUCCCAAUAAGAGUGUAUUUGAUGUCCUCAGUCCCACCAGUCCCCAACCUCACCCAACACAGGGGCAGUAUGGCAUGCAGACUCGAUACCCUCAGUAUUAGUUAAUGGCCAAAGACCCCCCCCUUCCCCAAAAAAAAACUCCAUCUUCUCAAGUGUGUUGUGCCUGGUGUGCUGUGUUGUAAAUAUCAGUCCUGUGGAAAUGAUUCUUUGUAACGUUAAUGGGGAGCAUGCAAUUGAUCAUGCACUGGCUGUCAUUUGCACUAUUUUUUUUUUGUUCCUUUUAUCUAUUGUGCUGCUUUUGAGAAGUUUUAUAAAUGUUGCCUAUCAGCUACACAUGAUUUAGGAAAGCUUAAAACAUCUUUUGGUUCUCUCUGCAAAGACUUGUGUGUGUGUGUGUAUAUUUUUUUAAUUCUAGAAGCUAAAUUCAAGUGUUUGAGUUUCAUUACAAGAAUAUUGGAGUGAACAGGGUUUUUAAUUAUUUCGAAAGAAUUUUUAUUUGAAAACAGGGUAUCUGAGAGGGCAGUUUCACAUCCUUCAACAAAGCCGGUGUUAAGAGGGCAGAUUCCAGGCUGUUUUUCCUGUUGGGCUGCGUAUAUUCGUGUCAUUCAUUUUUCUAGCAGUUGUUGACUUAAGUGGUUCUGUUGUCUGACCUCUGGCAUUUCUGUAAAAUUAGUGCACAAUCUGGAUUAUGUAUGUGCUUACAGAAUGGGUCAGGUCUGUAAGCACAGAAGAAAAACAUAAUAAAUUCAGUGAUCAGGUGUGUAAAUUCA